AUGAGACUUAUAUUCAUCUUCUAUAUUCAAAUUUUUAUUUUUUCAUUUUUCAGUUCUGUAAUUACAAUGCUAUCAAAUAUCUUAUUUAGGAAGGUAACAAACUCUGUUUGUAAAAUACGAAUUGUUUAUUACUCAUUAGUACAGAAUACUAAAUAUAAAAAUCCUGUAUUACAUAAAUCUUUCCAUUCUUCAUUUAAAUGUAUGUCUAAAAUAGAAAAUACAAGGAAAUAUGAAAAACUAAAUAAGAGGUUAGACACAUUAUAUAUAAAUACAAAUGUACAAAAUAAUGUAAUAUUGUACAAGAAUGAAAAUAUAAAGGAUUUCGUUAUAUUGAAAAUAGUAUUCUUUGCAUGGUGCAUUUGUAAUAUAAUAAUAGCCUUAACCAACUAUAAUUCAAACUUUAUAUCAACAUGGAAUAAAUACUCUUUCAAUGAAUAUGUGAAAGUACAUGGUUUCAGUUUUAUUCUUUUUGGAUAUGCUAUAGUAAUAGGACCUAUUUCUAGUGUAAUUUUAUACAAAAUUAAUCAGAAAGUAAUAAAAUAUAUAAUUUUACAUAAAGGUGGUCAAAAAGUCUCUUUAGUUACUAAUCAUGUGUUAAAAACUUUCCAUGUUAUUACAGUUCCUGUUAAUAAGGUAAAAGUUGAUAUUGCAAGAGCACGAAUGAUAAAUUACUUACCACUAAAAGUACAAGGUGAUUAUUUCUCUUAUUUUAUUGAUGGUACAGGAAAAUUUGUAAAUGAAGAAUUAUUUGAUUAUACAGUUGGGAGGGCAAAAGGAUGGUAAAGGUGCUGAACCAACAUGUCCUUGCCAAUAUCGUGUCCAAUAAAGAUCUUCUGGAUUAAUAUCAUGUGGAUGUUUUGC